UGUAAACUUUUCGGAGAGUUUCACUUGCCUGGGCUGUAUGAAGAUGGAGAUAUCAUAAUUGGAGGCGUUUUCCCUGUGUACAACAAAGCUUUGGAGGAAGAACCCUCUUUUAAAACUAGACCUACACCUUCCCGUUGUGUCAGUUUUGACCUCAGGGCAUUUCGCUGGACGCAGAUCAUGAUCUUUGCCAUAAAGGAGAUAAACCGAGAUCAAAACCUCCUCCCGAAUGUGACACUUGGAUACCGGAUCCACGAUUCAUGCGCCUCUCCCUCGCAGUCUCUAAGAGCAGCCCUGACACUAAUUAAUGGCCAGGAGAAAGUUAUUCCUGAAGUUAAAUGCAAUGGAGCUGUCCCUAUUCCCGUCAUCAUUGGAGAAUCUGGAUCAACCCAGUCCAUAUCCAUUUCAAGAGCAGUUGCUCCCUUUGGAAUUCCAAUGAUUAGUUAUUUUUCUACUUGUGCAUGCCUAAGCAACAAAGAAGAAUUCCCUACGUUUUUCAGAACCGUGCCAAGCGAUUUAUUUCAAGCCAAGGCUUUGGCUCAGAUCGUAAAGCAUUUUGGCUGGACCUGGAUUGGAACCAUUGCAGGAGACAAUGAAUAUGGGCGAUAUGGGGUUCAGGCAUUUUCUGAGCAAGUAAAGCACGCUGGAGUCUGCAUCGCUUUUUCAGAAACGAUCCUCAGAACCUACCCCAAGGAAAGGAUACUCAAGAUUGUUGACACUAUAAAAACGUCAACUGCAAAGGUUAUUCUAGCUUUUACCUCCGAGGGUGAUUUUUACCCUUUGCUGAGAGAAAUUGUGCAUCAGAAUAUUACGGGGAUCCAAUGGAUAGCAAGUGAAGCUUGGAUUACAGCCGCAAGGCCAUCCACCAAGGAAAAUUUCAAAUCUCUUGGGGGUGCUAUAGGAUUUGCAAGUCACAAAAUGAAAAUCCCCAAAUUUCAAAAUUUUCUUUUUAGUCUACGCCCUCCAAAUUCAACUGAUAGCUUUAUAACUGCUUUUUGGGAAACAAUAUUUGGUUGCACUUUUAAGGCAAAAAUACAGGACUCUAAAUUCAACACUGAGAGAUGCUCAGGGAAAGAGAACUUACAUGAGGUGAAUAAUUCAUUCUUUGACACCAGUGAACUGAGAGUGUCCUACAACGUCUACAAGGCAGUUUAUGCCAUAGCUCAUGGACUCCACAGCUUGUUAUCUUGUCAGAAUAAUUUGCAGGGAGACAAUCUUUGUACUAAUAUUUCAAACAUCCAGCCAUGGCAGCUCCUCCAUCAUUUGAAAGAUGUAAGAUUUACCAACCGCCUUGGAGAACUCGUAUAUUUUGAUCCAAAUGGGGACCCACCUGCAUCAUAUGACAUUAUAAACUGGCAGCUGAAUGACAAGGGGUUGGUUGAACAUGUUACAGUUGGAUAUUUUGAUGCAUCUGCAGCACCAGGAAAGGAAUUUAAGAUAAAUGAAGAUAUUAUUCUGUGGCAUGGCAACCAAAGCACACAAAUCCCACAGUCCACCUGCAGUGAAAUCUGCCCACCUGGAACGAGGAAGGCCGUACAAGAUGGACAACCUAUUUGUUGCUUUGACUGCAUUUCAUGUGCUGCAGGAGAAAUCAGCAAUGUAACAGAUUCAUUUGAAUGCAUGAAAUGUCCUUUGGAAUACUGGUCCAGUGACGACAGACAACAGUGCAUCCUCAAAGAAGUUGAGUUUCUUUCCUUUGAAGAUACAAUGGGAAUUAUACUGAUGACUGUAGCAUUAUUUGGAACAUUUACCACUCUGGCUAUUCUGACUGUCUUCAUGUAUUCUAAGGACACGCCCAUUGUUAAAGGCAAUAACUCUGAGCUGAGUUUCCUUCUGCUCUUUUCCUUGAUUCUCUGUUUCCUGUGCUCGCUCACGUUUAUUGGCAAGCCCUCCGCCUGGUCCUGUGUACUGCGGCACACGCUGUUUGGCAUUGCAUUUGUCCUGUGCGUAUCCUGCAUUCUGGUGAAAACGAUCGUAGUGCUGAAGGCGUUCCAGGCGACCGUUCCUCAAAAGAACACAAUGAAGUGGUUCGGGGCUGCCCAUCAGAGGUGCAUUGUCUGUGCAUGCACUCUUGUCCAAGUUCUGAUCUGUGUGGCGUGGCUCGCAAUGGCCCCACCAUUCCCUGCAAGAAACAUGACCUAUUAUCUUGCAAAGGUUAUUUUGGAGUGUGACGUGGGGUCUCCAGUAGUUUUCUAUUGUGCAUUAGGUUACAUUGGUGUUUUAUCCGGCUUGUGUUUCGUUCUGGCAUUUUUGGCGAGAAACCUACCUGGUAAUUUCAAUGAAGCUAAACUCAUAACCUUUAGCAUGCUUAUCUUUUGUGCUGUUUGGCUGACCUUCAUUCCUGCCUAUGUCAGCUCACCUGGGAAGUAUAUCGUUGCUGUUGAGAUCUUCGCAAUUUUGUCAUCCAGUUUUGGAUUGUUAUUCUGCAUUUUUCUUCCCAAGUGCUACAUUAUCCUGUUCAGACCGGAGGAGAAUACGAAGCAGAGUCUGAUGGGGAAAACCCCUAAUAUAUCCCUGGCAGUACGUUCCAGGUCCCAACCACUCUCCUUGUUAGGAAAACUACCUCGAAAAUCUGCCCUAUACUUUCGUCCGAUUACUAUCUUUGUGGAAUGUGGAAUAGUAGGCGAGGCCUGA